GGCCGAGGUGAAACAAGAAUAGCAAAAAUUUAUGAUUCGCCGGAUAUGCCUGAAAAUGAAGCAAUGUUCGGAAUCUUUGAAGGCGGCGUUGGUGAUGCCAAAGAAUAGAAAUAUAACCAUUAUUCAUCAUAUUUGA